CGGUUCAAAAUCUAGGAUUUUCUCCAGUGGACCUAGACAUUAAUGACGACCUCUGCCGCGGCCACCAACAACCCCCGCCGAGCUCUCAUUCACCGGAGAACAUCCCUGCACCGCAGCCAUCUCCGCUAAACUCGGGCGGCCGACAGAACCAACUCCCAUGGUGCUUCUCUCUUGGGAUCCUAGGGUUUUCCCUAGUGGAUUUAGGGUCCAAUAUAAGCCCAUUAGCCCAAAAACGGUAUGCACUAAUAUGCUCUUCUCGAGAAGGGGAAAGUUAAAAGUCGAGACUCUCUGUAUCACCCCUCAUGUCGUACCAGUGUCAAGCUAUGUCUGCGUGCCCUCUACUCAAUGGUCGAAGACUCCAUCGGAGAAAGCAAAAGUGGUAUGUUGUAUCUUGAACGCCUUAUGUUCAUUAACGGCUACCAAUCAAGCUGGUCAUCUGAUGAUUUACAGCAUCGUACCCCAACCUCCUCCCUCACAUGGAUUCAAGCUGCAUCUCCUGAUUUUCCUCAGAAUGAUCCAAACCCUAUGCUUUGGAUGUUAAAGCAACCCCUAUCUGACUACAACAACAUAGUCACCCGAUUCCUUGCCGUGCUGUUACUGCGGAUACUCUUCGUCCCGAUGAACACCAACACAUUGAAUCAUCUCUCAACGUCACAGUGUCUAAUGACGACCAUGACAACUAAUCCGUCCUUUGAAGCUUUUGAGGAUGGACUCUCGAUUUCCAUGAUCUCUCAUGUGCCUUUAGGCUCCCAAGCCUUUGGUCUCAUAGCUCUCUUGGAUCCAAAAUCGAUGAACUCUUGUUUACUUCUUUUUGGCAUUGGGGAUUGCCGUGUUAUUGUAAUGUCUCAAACUUUAGCAAGUUGCUCCUUCUCUGCUGGCUUCAUGAGAUCAUCCACCAGUGGGUGGUCAAAGGCGGCUCUAGCAGACAAUGCAAUUGAGCUUGUAGGAAGAUGUUCCAUGGAGGGAACAUUUAAGAGGGUUGUCACCAACAGGAGGGGGUUCAAUAACAUGGAAUCAAAGAUUUUUAGGCUUUUAGGAACUAAUCUUGUGAUUAUAGACGAAGCUAAACCCAGGAAACGCAUGGAAUGGGAUUCAAAGCAUAACGAAGCAGGUGGGUCAUCCCUCACAUGGCAAUGUAGGUAA